AUGCCAACAAGAGAAAAGAUAGAGGAGAUCAUAAAUCAGAUGAGGAUUAACAAAAGCCCAGGGAGCAAUGAAAUUGCAAAAGAAAGCCCAAAAUAUGGAAGUGAAAAACUGAAAGACGAUAUCCAGCUGAAGAAGCUGCGAAAACUACCGUGGCAAUGCUUUAUUAGACGUUACGUACAAACAGUGGCAUCGAUAAUAAAAAGAAGACCUGAAGGAUAUAUGGAAGAAGCUCUAGGAGAAUAUCAAGGAGGCUUUCGAGAAGGAAGAGGGAGAAUCGAUCAAAUAUUUGUGUUGAAACAAAUCAUAGUAGGAAACUACGAAAUGAAAUUCCUACUCAUUUACUCUUCGUGGACUUCAAAAAAGAUUACCAUACGGGUAACAGUAAAAGGAAAAACCAGCGACAGUUUCAAUGUUAAACAAGGACUCAGACAAGGUGAUCCGUUGUCAACAACUCUAUUCAAUCUGGUUCUAGAGGGUAUUAUAAGGAAAAGUGAUAUAAACAGGAAGGGUCUACUAUUCAAUAGAAGCCAUCAAUGUCUAGCCUACGCAGACGAUUUAAUCCUACUAGUUACGAACAGAAAGGAAUUAGAAAGGAUAAUAGCAAAGCUAAUGAGACAAGCAGAAGAGGUCGACUUGUGGUCGAACUGUGGGAGUAGAAACAAAAACAACCUACAAAUGGACAGACAAAAAGGAAUAAAAGUAGAAUUUGAAGAAGUAGAAAUAUUGAUGUACUUAGGGGUGUUGAUAACCAACAAAUGCCAAGAAGACAAAGAAAUAGAACUGAGAGUUGCUAAAAGUAACAACUGUGCAGGAGGUUUAAGAAAAAUUAUGAAAAGUAAAGAAAAAUCAAGACUGGAAAUUUGGGAAAGGAAGAUACUUAGAAAAAUCCUUGGAGGGAAACAAACAGAAAACAGAUGGGAAAGAAGAACUAAUGUAGAAAUAUAUGAUUUAUAUAAUGACAAAGUUGUAAGCAAUUUCAUAAAAAUAAAAAGAUUGCAAUGGUUAGGACACCUAGAAAGAAUAACCCAAGAAAGAAAAGUUAAAAUGGUGGUGUGGAAAAUUCCGGAGAGCAAAAGGAAAAGAGUCAGACCAAGGGAGAAGUGGAAAGACGCGAUACAGGAAGACCUAACAGAAAAACAAAAACAGGACUGGAGGAAGAACGCAAAAAAACUAAAGGAAUGGAGACUCAUCUCAAAGCUAUGCCUGCGAGAAGUUUAA